AUGCAUUUUUUAACCUCUUGCACUGCAGAGCCAGACAAGCAGUUCGAUCUCCUCGCCGAGCACAUGCAGCGCCUGAGGGAUUGCAACACGGCCUUUGUAGUAUCCGAGAUCAUUGUCAUGGUGGAGCGGAACCUUGGGUUCGAGGCGGAGUAUCACCAGCGCCAUUUCAACGGCAUGAAGAAUGUGAGAUUCAGGGUUGACCACAAGGCCCAGCGCUACGGCGUCCUCACCACGCAUGAGAUCAAGCAUGCGAUGUGCACGAUGCUGAACUCACUGCUGAGGGAGGGGAGGGUGCAUCUCUGGGAGAAUUUCGUGAGCCGCGAUCCGAGGGGCAUGAAGCGUCGGCUUCGCGAGCAGCUGGAGAUCUACUCCUACCAGUUCAAGAGCGCGGCCAGUGUGUUCAACAAGGAUCAGAUGGCGCUCAGUGGAAAGGUGGGAGGCAUGAAGGAUGACGUUUGCAUCGCACUGCAGCUUGCGUGCUAUUACAGCUCGAACCCAGAGUUUUACGCGUAG